CUACAAUGUACUUUGAACUCCACAAUGACAUGGGGUCACGUGAGUCAGGAAUGAUCUCGUUCCUAAGGAUAUUUUUCGCGUGUGAGGCUAAACAUGGAACAGCAAGUUCGUUCUCCUAUGGUGGAAGUGAAGGGGGUACCGUUGCUGAAGCCAAUAGUUACACACUGGGAGAGAGUGGAGAGAUUCAUUGCACUACCAGAUGACCUGCUGAUUGCCACCUACCCAAAAGCAGGAACAACAUGGACACAGGAGAUUGUUGACAUGAUCUUAAACCAUACUGACUUCGAAAAGUGCAAACGAGCCCCAAUCCACGACCGCAUGCCUUUCCUGGAGAUGACAUCUCCCAAUCCAGCUCUGUCUGGUAUAACAAAGUUAGAGACAAUGGACCCUCCUCGAGUGAUAAAAACACACUUACCCUUCCAGCUUGUUCCAACAUCGUUCUGGGAAGCAAAUUGCAAGGUAAUAUACAUGGCACGGAAUGCCAAAGACAAUGCUGUGUCAUAUUUCCACUUUGACAGAAUGAACCUUGUACAACCUGAACCAGGGCCCUGGCCACACUACUUGGACAAGUUCAUGAAUGGAAAAUUGGGAUGGGGCUCCUGGUAUGAUCAUGUGAAGGGAUUCUGGAGAGAGAAGCAGAAGAAGAACAUACUGUAUCUUUUUUAUGAGGAUAUGAAGGAAAACCCUCACCAGGAGGUUGAACGCAUCAGUGAUUUCCUUGGACAAAACCUUCCGAAAGCUGUGAUUGCUGAAAUAGUGCGGAGGACAACAUUUGCUGCCAUGCGUGACAAUCCCAUGGCCAACUACUCCACAGUGCCAGAGACUAUAUUUGAUCGACGAGCUUCAGAAUUCAUGAGAAAAGGAGAGGUUGGAGAUUGGCAAAAUCACUUCACCCCGGAGCAGAAUGCCAUGUUUGACACGCACUACCAAACAAUGAUGGCUGAUGAGCACAUUCCUUUUCGUUUCUUGAUCUGACUCCACUUUUUUCUUUUUCUUUCUUUCUUUCUUUCUUUGUUUUUUUCUCAAUAACCACUUUUUAAAAUAACCACUUUUAAAACCGACAGGCUACCUCAUAGAGAGUUUAUGUCUGAUUUAAAGAGUAUUUAUGUAAUUGAGGAGAUGUUAAUGAAAUCAACUCUUUUCAAACUGGUCAAGUAAUAUACUUUGAAAUCGACCACUCUUAGUCCAGAAAACAAUCAAAAGAAUAGUAUCACUUCAAUGAAAAGAUUAAUUACAUUUUGUGGAUUAAAAUCACUGGUUUGCUCUGUGCAUUUUUAAAUACCUAAUUUCUGUGGUUUUCUGACCAUUUGAUUGUUUCAUGGAAAUGUACUGAGCCUUAUUUUUAUAAUAGCAUAAAAUGGACAAAAAGGUAAAUGAAAUAAAUCUUUUACUCAAAAUUACUUG